CAAACAAACAGAUGAUACUCAUAACAUCCCUUCUUAGUUUAAACACAUAUAGAAUUUAAUAUAAUUACUUUGGUAUCAUUUAUCAAUAAUUAAAGAUGACUAACGAUCACUUUAAAUUAUUAAAAUUUUUAACAUUCAAAAAUGAGCAAUCAUCCUGCAUCAACAAAACCUCCCUAAAAAACAGCACCAGCACCAUAACAACCUAUUCCCUAUUCACCACCGAGAACAUAUGCACCACCAGUGGCAUUUGCUAGUCCUUCAUAUCUACCAAUCUAAUAAUCUUUUGUAGGUGCCCCUGUUUAAUAUGUUCCUCAACCAGUUGCUGUUUAGCCAGUUGCUGUUUAGCCAGUUGCUGUUUAACCAGUUGCUGUUCAACCAGCCUAACAGGUCAUUAAAGGAGAAAGCAGAAUUGAGUAUCAAUCUAAAUUCAAUAAUUUUAGGUAUAUUCCAUAUGAAAAAUCAGUCAUCGAAUACGAAGAGGUCAGAUAAAGAAUCUAAGUCCCAAGAGAGAAAUAUGUAACAGAAUACUAAGCUGUUGAAUAUUAGACUGAAUACAUCCCAUAAGUAUUUUAUGAUAAAGUUACAGGUAUUUAAUUAAUUAAAAUCGUUAGAGUACGUUCCUGUUGAUAGGUUUUAAGACAGAGUAGAAUACUAUCCUGUUGAAAGAUAAGUUGUUCAUCAACAAGUUCAAUAAGUAGUAGCAUAACCAGUCGUUUAAUCUGUGGUUCAAUAAGUUCCUCAAUAUGUUGCUCCCGUGUAGCCAGUUGUUUAACCAGUUUACUAACAACCUUAGAUUUCAUAUGCUCCUUACGUCUAACCCAAUUUCGCACCCUCGAGAAUUGCUCCUCUAUCAUAUGCUCCUCCCUUGUCCUACGGUCCUCCAGUGUCACAUCCAAGAAGAUAUGUAAAUCAUAUUCUAAAUACUCAGUCCCCUCCAGGCAAACCAUAGCCAGCCUAAAAGCCUUAGCCAAAAAAAGAAAAAAAAUCAUUUUUAGACAACAUCUUUAGUUGAUAUUUAAAUAAUGUCCAUAACAUAUUUAUACUAACCAAAAC